AUGGUAAUGGAAAUUGUCAUUUCUUUGAUAAUCUUAUUCGUUGGGAUUGGUAUUCUGGUUUCUAUCCAUUUCUGCAUAGUUGGUAGAGCUUUUACAAGGGAUAAUAAUAGUGCAGACACUCAAGUCCAGAGUAGUAGUAGUACUAGUACUAGCAGAACAACAAAAGGAAUGUUUGGUGACAAUAUUGGUGACUUGAAGAACCUUCCUUGCUUUGAUUAUGUGGAACAAGAGAAAGGAAACAAUAAUCUUGUCGACUGUGCUGUUUGCUUGGAGAGUUUUAAAGUUGGUGAUGCUUGUAGGUUGUUGCCUAAUUGCAGACACAGUUUUCAUGUUCAGUGUAUAGAUUUGUGGAUUCUCAAGAAACCGUUUUGUCCGAUUUGUAGAACAUGGGUUCAUUCAAGAGUUGUGAGAGAAGAAAGUGUUGUUUCGGAUUCUGAUAUUGUAGAAAUUGAAAUACCAUAG